CAACCUUCAAAAGCGAUGGAGGAACACGACAAGAACCUACCGGAAAGUUCUAAAGCGAUCGAGGACUAGAUUUAUAAAUCCUAUAAUGACGAAGUAGCAGGCCGCUCGACGACUUGCACCUCCCGAAGAACUCGUGCGGAGCGCGUGUUGUGUACAUUGAAGUAUUUGGACACACACUUUAGACGCGUGAACAUUUUUGAGGACGAGAAUGUGUCACCGUGGCAACCACAGACGGGAAGUGUCCUUAUCAUGACGUGAAAACAGGAAACGGGGCGAAUGCUUUCCACACGCGCAGCCCCGCUGUGUCGGAUCAUUACCCGACUACCCGGCGUGCGCUUCAUCUCUCACAGACGACCGCUCUCCAGAUGCGAGCCAGCCGACUCCUCCAAAGUCCUCCUCUCCUCAAAACAGAUCGGGACCGCAUCAGGCUUGAACUGGAAUGAGACCGAGCAACUACAACUACACGUGCCCUCACUCGUCUGCAGGGGAAGAAGGACGAGGAGAAAGAAGAGCAAGGAGAAGAACAGGAAUACCAAGGAAAUUUGGGAGAAGACUCUGCUCCAAGCUUACAAAGACAAGCUAACUUGUCCAAGAGUUUCACUGAACUUCCAAAAAAAAAACACUGUGGGUGGGGUGGGAGGAAAGAAUUGGAGUUUUAUUUCAAAUACAAAAAAAACACUGGGACAAAUUGACAAGAGGAAGGAGCAAAAGAAGAUGAAGUGGUUUGGGCUUCAGGUCUUGGUCUGGGUCUGGCUGCCGCGAUCCGUCCUCGGCGCGUCGUCGUCUCCCGGUCCCGCUGAGGAAUGUUCCGGCAUGUCCGUGCGUCUCCGGGCCUUCCGGCUGAAGGUGUCGUGCAACGUGACCGCUCUGAACGAGAAGCAGCUGAAGGAGAUCCAGGCCCCGACCACCGAGUUGUACCUGCCGGCGCUCUACCUCCUGGCCUUGGCGGCGGGUCUCCCGGCCAACCUGCUGGCCCUUUGGAUCCUGGUGUUCAAAAGCAAGCGUCUCCCGUCCACCGUCCUGCUCAUCAACCUGACGGCGGUGGACUCUCUGCUGCUGCUGGCGCUGCCCUUCCGCAUCGCUUACCACUUCCGAGGGAGCCACUGGGAGUUGGGCGAGCCGUUCUGCCGGAUUGUCACGGCCUCGUUCUACGGGAACAUGUACGGGUCGGUGCUGUGCCUGGCGCUGGUGGCUCUGGACCGCUACGUGGCCCUGGUGCACCCGUUCGGCGCCAAGACCCUGCGCAGCCGGCGGACGUCUCUGCAAAUGACAGCGCUGGUGUGGGCGGCGGUGCUGGCGGCCAUGUUGCCGCUGCUGUCGUCGCAGCAGACGUACGCUCUGGACCGGCCCCACAUCACCACCUGCCACGACGCGCUUCCCCAGCGCGAGCAGGAGAACUUCUUCCUGCCCUACUUCGUCACGCUGUUCACGCUGGGCUUCCUGCUGCCCUUCGUCGUCAUCGUGUUCUGCCACUGCGGCGUCCUGCGAGCGCUGCUGGCCGAGGGCGAGCGUUACGCCCACGCCGUCCGGGUCACGCUGCUGGUACUGCUGGUGUUCGUGGUCUGCGUGCUGCCCAGUAACGUCCUCCUGCUCCUCACCUACGCUGAGGACGUGUACGUGCCGUACAUGCUCAGCUUGGCCGUUAGCACCUUCAGCAGCAGCGUGGACCCCUUCAUCUUCUACUACGUGUCGGCGGACUUCAGGGACAAGGCCGAAAGCCUGCUCUGUUGCCGCGGCAACGCUCCGCCACCGGCCAACCCGCCGAACAAAGCGUCCCACUCCUCGUACGCAUCCGGGCCCAGGACGAAGGUCACCCUGCUGUCUGUCUCCACGCGGACCUGAACAUCACCGCGCCACGGAGAAAAGCAGUUAAAGAACACUUUUACAUACUUGAGACCAUGUGACCACUUGCUGAUGAUUGUGAUCUUCCAAGGAAGUCCUGAAUAACUUCCCUCAAAACAACACCAACGAUUUCAUGGAACACAGAGCAGCUUUGUGUAAAUUCAGUGAAACAUCUGAACCUAUUAACCACUAUUUUAGACAGUUUUGUGUUACUACAUCACUUUAUCACAUGUACACUUUGUAUAAUAGCUAGCUAACCAAAUACAUAUUGUUGAAUCCUUCUCUUGGUACUUCAUCUUUUUCUGCGAUUGUCUCAUCUCAGAAUGAGCUUUAUUGUCACUGCACACAAAAAUGUCAACAAAGCACAAUGAAAUUUCGGCAUGCGGCUCUACAAACAAUUCCGGUUCUUGACCCGCUCAUUGUGGAAAGUGCCUUGAGAUAACUGUUGUGAAUUGGCGCUCGAUACAGGAAAAUAAAAGUGACUUGACUCACACAGAGCCAUGAACACAAUGUCCCAAGAAAUGCGACCUAAAAUACUCAAGUGUCAAGAAAUACCUCAAAAUUAAUCGUUAGAAGUA